GCCCGUGCCAGCUGGGUGCCGGCGAGGGUGGCGCCAUCUGGGGAUCACAGGUGGCACCUCCAGCAGUGAUCACCGUGAGAGUGGUGGUGGUGGUGGUGGUGGUCAAGACUGGGACUCUUAACCAUCAACAUGCAGUUCAGAAGGAUGCUAGCAGUUCAGAGGCUUGUGUGUGGUCCGUAUCCCGUACGUUGCUUGGCCACAGUUGCCCAAGAAGCAUCGGCAAAAAUAAUGGAAGGGCCAUUAUCUGUAUAUAAUAACUAUAUAGCUGAAAGUAGACUACAGUAUGAUGAUUAUCAAAAGGAAAUUGUUAAUGAACUUCAGCGAUGUUAUGAAGAGGUAACGACAUAUACACCACCAACUCCACUGAAUGCACUGCAGAAGUUCCUUGGAUGGCAGAGAGAAGUGUCUCCUCCUAAAGGUGUAUAUAUUUGGGGCACUGUGGGAACUGGUAAGACCAGGCUUAUGGACCUCUUCUUUGAAUGUGUUCCAGUCAACAAGAAAAGAAGGGUUCAUUUCAACUACUUCAUGUUAGAGGUUCAUAAGAGAAUACAUGCAGAGAAGAAAAACAUCAAGAAGAUACAUGCUCCUGACCAGGCUCGUUACUUUGAGCCAGACGGAACAUAUACAAUCAACCACAGACCCUAUGAUCCCAUCCCUCCUGUAGCAAGGGGCAUUGCUGAUGAAUCAUGGCUUAUAUGCUUUGAUGAAUUUCAGGUGACAGACAUUGGUGAUGCUAUGAUUCUUAAGCGAUUAUUUACAGAACUAUUUAAUAAUGGCAUCAUUGUCAUAGCAACUGGCAAUCGUAAACCAGAAGACUUGUAUAAGAAUGGACUCCAGAGAUCAAAUUUCUUACCAUUCAUUCCUAUACUUAAAUCUCAUUGUAAGGUUAUGAAUCUGGACUCGGGCAUUGACUAUCGGACAAAACACCUCUCGGGCUCCAAGAAGGUGUUCUUCAUUAAAUCAGAAUGUGAUGCAGAUGCCGAAGUUAAAGCAUUAUUCAAGCUCUUCAGUGCAGAGGAGACAGAUAUUGUCCGACCACGCAUCCUCACUUAUGGUGGUAGAAGUGUGACAUUUCAGAAGACUUGUGGUGGUGUAUUGGAUAGCACAUUUGAGGAGCUUUGUAAUAGACCCCUUGGUGCCUGUGAUUACAUCCAGCUGUGCCACGUGUUCCACACCAUCUUCAUCAGAGAUAUUCCCGUCUUGAAUCAGAGGUCCAAGAGCCAGGCUAGACGAUUCAUCACACUCAUUGAUACAUUUUAUGACAACAAGGCACGGAUUGUAUGUACCUGUGAUGUUGCACACACACACAUCUUCAGGGGAGAUGAGGGCCAUUCAGAAUUUGUAGACAAAGAAAGCCUUAUGCUCAUGGAUGACUUGGGACUCCAGGAGAAAAGCCAGAGUACAAAAGCUUUAAAUAUAUUCACAGGUGAAGAAGAGAUGUUUGCCUUUGACCGCACUAUAUCUCGCCUCUCGCAGAUGAUGACCCAAGAAUACUGGCAAGAAUAUGAAUCGCAAAAGCGAUGAAGUCGCUUUGGUUCAUUUUUAUUGCAUAUUUCGCAUCCAGAUAGAUAUACUGGAGAAAUAUUUUAACUACUGUAAUUAUAAAUUUUACAAAUGCAUUUGAAGUAUAUUUGAUAGAGUAUUUUGUUACACUGAUGAAUAAUGAGUAAUACAGGUACAUAUAUGUAUAUACAUGUAAAAAUUAAGAAAAAUUAAGGUAGUAAUUUAUUAAUUAACAUUAAAUUAAUGUAGUUUCAUAGGAAUACACCACAAACUCUUAGCCAAUUUUUAUCACAACAUAGUUUGACACUGACAACUGCUUAGGAAUUUUUGAGUGUGUGUGCAUGUGUAAUUACUUAAGUGUAGUUACAGGAUGAGCUUGACUCGUCGUGUCUCGUCUUCCCAGCUCUGUCACAUAACACUGAAAUUACUUAUGGUUUUGGCCUCCACCACACUUAGCUUGCUCCAACCGUCUACCACUCUGUUUGCAAAAGUGAAUUGUUUAAUUUUUUUAGCAGGUUUGUUAUUUAGCUUAAAUCUGUGACCUCAUUUUCUUGAAGUUGCAGGUCUCAAGGAUUCUUCAUCAAUUUUUCAAUUCCUGUUGCUAAUUUGUAUGAUCAUAUCGCCUUUCUCUUCUGUCUUCUAUCUUUGGCAUAUUUAAUGUCUCUAACCUCUGGCAUAGCUCGUCUUUCAGUUCCAAAACCAUUUAGCUGCAUGCCUUUGCAUCUUUUUCAGUUUAUGUGCUUUGUAAGAUAUGGGCACCAUGCAACUGAUGCAUAUUCUGACUUUGUUCUCACAAAGGUCAUGAACAGUUGUCGUGAGGUUGUGAACAACUUCUUUAAUGAAGGGGGGGGGGAGAGAUAGAGAUAUUAUUGAUUAGAGAAUAUACUAUACAGUAUUGCUAUAAAUCAUACUUCCUAUAGCUUUUUGUAAAUAGUGAAUUCAUAUUAUAUUUGAAUACUGUAUUAUGUAGAAUUCUUUUUACAGUUAUUCUACUAGGAUUUAAUUAUUUUUUUAGUACUGUAUAUUGUAACUAAGUAUAUUGUUCCUUAUUGGUAGACAGUAUAAAGUUAUAAAUUGAAAUGCAGAUAAAUGUUGCAUAUUACUAUUCAGGAUAUUCCACAGAGCAGAGUAUGAGGUUUGUGCAUGUACAUACACACCUGCAGAGCAGAGUAUGAGGUUUGUGCAUGUACAUACACACUUGCACAGAGCAGAGUAUGUGGUUUGUGCAUGUACAUACACACUUGCACAGAGCAGAGUAUGUGGUUUGUGCAUGUACAUACACACCUGCACAGAGCAGAGUAUGUGGUUUGUGCAUGUACAUACACACCUGCACAGAGCAGAGUAUGAGGUUUGUGCAUGUACAUACACACCUGCAGAGCAGAGUAUGAGGUUUGUGCAUGUACAUACACACCUGCAGAGCAGAAUAUGAAGUUUGUGCAUGUACAUACACACCUGCACAGAGCAGAGUAUGAGGUUUGUGCAUGUACAUACACACCUGCAGAGCAGAAUAUGAAGUUUGUGCAUGUACAUACACACCUGCACAGAGCAGAGUAUGAGGUUUGUGCAUGUACAUACACACCUGCACAGAGCAGAGUAUGAGGUUUGUGCAUGUACAUACACACCUGCACAGAGCAGAGUAUGAGGUUUGUGCAUGUACAUACACACCUGCACAGAGCAGAGUAUGAGGUUUGUGCAUGUACAUACACACCUGCACAGAGCAGAGUAUGAGGUUUGUGCAUGUACAUACACACCUGCACAGAGCAGAGUAUGAGGUUUGUGCAUGUACAUACACACCUGCACAGAGCAGAGUAUGAGGUUUGUGCAUGUACUAUUACAGUAUUAUGAAGGACUUACUCCAGUAUUGGUUUGACUUGCUCUGGGCCAAGUCUUCCAUAGUUAACUCUUUUUCUAAUAAUAUGUCUGCAGGAUGUGUUGUUAUUUACACAAGAGGACUUUUUUUAAUCGUGCAAAUUUGUGCAUGAAAAUUAUAGAUGGCCAGGUAAACUGUAUUGUACUUUGAUGACUAAGUUAAUAGCUCUUGUAAUGGUUUUUCAACUUCUUCUUCUUCAGGCACCAUUAGUAAAUUUAUUAUAUAUUGGUGGCACCAAUAUUUCAGUAUGUUAAAUGCAGGAACAUUUUAGAUAACUUUAGAUGUUACUCCCUAAUAAUUCAAGGUUUAAUUGGCUGUAGUGUUGAAGAGAUGGUGCAUGUUUGGCUGCUUUUAAUGAUAAUUUAGUUGUAGCUGUAAAUACUUACAAGUACACACAGAAUCUUCACCAGAACAUUUACUGGUGUGCUUAAUGGCUCACUCACACUUGUCUUCAUAUAUUGAAUGAAUUAUGCUAAGCAAGACUGUAGGAUGAUGCAGUUGACAAGAUUUUGUGACACCUACUUCAACUUAUUCCUUUUGACAUUACUUCAUUUUCAUGUGAUAUGUGUCAGGUGAAUUAAUUCCAUCAGAUAAUUUAGAACUGAUUUAACUGUGGGUAAAAAUAGCAAAUUGGUAAUGAAGUAAUGUUAAUAGGCAUUAAAGUUCUGUCCAGCAAGUUACAAACAUCAAUACAAGAGCUUCCAAGGGUGAAUGGAAUAUUGUAAUAUAUACUAUUUAAUCACAUGCAAUGAUUAAUGAGUCCUGGAUAACAACAAAUUAUGCAGGCGAUGAGUCACAAUAACGUGGCUGAAGUAUUUUGACCAGACCACACACUAGAAGGUGAAGGGACGACGACGUUUCGGUCCGUCCUGGACCAUUCUCAAGUCGAAACGUCGUCGUCCCUUCACCUUCUAGUGUGUGGUCUGGUCAACAACAAAUUGUUUUUUUUUAAGCCAAAUUUUUGGUGGCAUUAUACCUAUUACUUUGGCUGUUUGUAACAAGCACUGUGAUGAAUCUUCCCAUUCAACCCCUUUAAAUACUCUUACUCAUAUGAAUUGUCUCUUUAAUUUAUUUUUAAUCCAAAACUAUAAAAAAAUAUUUUUUUUUCAUGCUAUAUGUCUAUAUAGCAUGACAUGUUCAUGCUAUUAUUUAUAUAGAUAAUUAGGCCAACUUAUUAUUUGUAUCAAAUCCACACUGACCUGGUAUUUACAUGCAUUAGAUGUUCAUUUAUAUAAACAGUUACCUCAUAAUUGUCCUAAAUAUUGUACUGGUGGAGAAGUGAGGAGGUCUCAAAACACACACUUCCCCAUGACUCCAUAAUGACAUCAUGGAAACCUGUUUAUCUUGAUAUUAUUAAAUUGGUCAAUUUGUUGAACUGAGCCACAUCAUUCAUAAGUGACUUUUGUAUUAUUCCUUCAGUUAAUAAUUAUAGUUGAAAAAUGGAUUCGAAGCAGUAUUCAGACCUUUCACUUGAAAUAAAAAAUAAAAAAUAUUGAGAAAAUAAGGUCAUUAAAUAUUUUUUCACUUUGACCACAAUAAAUGCCAUAGAUGAACUUAUUCAUGCAGUCUCAGUGGCGUUAGUCUUGUAUGUGUGUGUACCUUACUAUGUUAUCAAGUGUAUACAUCUGUUUUAAUUACAUUUUUUCAAAAUUAUUAAAAAAAAAUUCCUUUUCUGUUGCAUGAGCAAGUAAAGCAAGUUUUCAGCAAAGGAAUAAUGAUUACUAACUAUUAUAGUUUAUCAUGUUGUGCAUUCCUUAUAAUAUACUGUAUGGAUGCAAAUUGUGGCAAGUGUUUGCUAGUGAGUGCCAUCUUUGACUCUCCUGCCACACACCUUUGCUAGUCUUCCCAACUUGGUGCCUUCUUUUGAUAAUUACUUAACCCACUGUCAUCUGUUUGUAUGUUUAUAAUACGUAAGCUAUGUAAUUUAUACAUUUUGAAGAGGUACAACUUGCACAUGUUAAUAUAUAUCAACUUUUAAGUUUAACAAUGCUGGUAAUAGUGAAUAAAUUUGAUUGUUAUGGGA